AUGACCACUCUUCGGGUUCUGCUGCACGUCGCUGCUCAGCGUGACUACGAGCUCCACUGCCUUGACUUCAGCACUGCGUUCCUACAGGGCACACUGCACGAGGAGAUCUGGCUGCGCCGCCCACCUGGCUUCACUGGGUCGUUCCCUCCUGGUACCCAGUGGAGCCUCCGGCGGCCAGUCUACGGUCUCCGCCAGGCGCCCCGUGAGUGGCACGACACACUGAGGACUACUCUUGCUGCUCUUGGGUUUGCUCCUUCUACUGCUGACCCGUCGCUGUUUCUACGCACCGACACCACUCUGCCGCCGUUCUACGUUCUCGUGUACGUAGACGACUUGGUCUUUGCUACUGCUGACACGGAGGCACUCGCCCACGUGAAGUCGGAGCUGCAGAAGAGACACACGUGCACAGACCUGGGUGAGCUGACAAGCUAUCUUGGCUUGCGGAUCACCCGGGACAGAGCACAGCGCACCAUCACCUUGACUCAGUCACACAUGGUGCAGCAGGUCCUUCAGCGCUUCCGCUUCACGUACUCCUCGCCUCAGCCCACUCCUCUGCCUACCGGUCACUCGCUCUCAGCUCUGCCUUCGGAUGAGUCCGUAGAGCCGAGUGGCCCCUCCAGUUGUGAGGCUGAGAUCUACGCCACAGCCAUGGCUGCCCAGGAGCUACGCUGGCUCACCUACCUGCUGACCGACCUCGGAGAGCGGCCUCGUUCUCCUCCAGUGCUGUACGUCGAGAACAAGGCCGCCCUUGCCUUGUGUCAGGAGCACAGACUGGAGCACAGAACGAAGCACAUCGCUCUGCGCUACUUCCUUGCUCGAGAGCUGCAGCAGCAUGGUCAGCUUCGUCUCUCGUACGUGGCCACUCGGGCCAACACUGCUGAUGUGUUCACCAAGGCGCUUCCGCCUUGUGAUCAUCAGCGUUUCUGUACUGUUCUAGGCCUUGUGCCUACUGUCCCUCACUUGCUCACUUCUUGA